AUGUUGAGAAAUGACACCUCCAGCAGGAGAUUUCGCGCCUACGCCUUCAAGGUCCUCGUGCGCACUGGCUCGAGCGUGAACGAUUUAAGCCGAGAAUCGGACAAAAUCCGACUGGUUCACAACGAAACUGUUGUUUCUUUGAUCAACUCAGAUAGCCUCUCCAGCCCCACCCGCCUCAGCCUCAGCCUGUCAGACGGUGAGGACCAGCUGGACCGGCUGCAGCAGGUGGAGCUGGCGCGCAGUGCCCCCAUGUCUCUCUGGAAGGCCGGGACGGUGCAGGCCUGGCUGGAGGUCAUCAUGGCCAUGCCCAUGUACAUCCGGGCCUGCUCCGAGAACGUCAAGAGCGGCAAGGUGCUGCUGGGAUUGACGGACGAGGAUCUGGAAAUGGGGCUGGGCGUCAGCAGCUCCAUGCAUCGCAGGAAGCUCCGCCUCGCCAUCGAGGAUUACCGCGACGCCGAGGGGGGGCGGGGGCUGUCCAAGGCCGCAGACAUGGACCAUCACUGGGUGGCCAAGGCCUGGCUGAGCGACGUGGGCCUGCCCCAGUACUCCCAGGCCUUCCACAACCACCUGGUGGACGGGCGGAUGCUGAACUCGCUGACGCGCCGGGACCUGGAGCGCUACCUCAGCGUCUCCAAGAAGAGCCACCAGAUCAGCCUGCUGCUCGGCAUCGAGCUGCUGCACUCCCUCAGCUUCGACAAGGAGGCCCUGCAGGCCCGGCGGACGCACAGUGAGCACCAGAACCUGGACCCCUUGGUGUGGACCAACCACCGGGUCAUGAAGUGGGUCCGAGACAUUGACCUGAAGGAGUUUGCCGACAACCUUCAGAACAGCGGGGUCCACGGGGCCGUGAUGGUUCUGGAUCCGUCCUUCAACACCGACGCCAUGGCAACUGCCCUGGGUAUCCCCGGCAACAAGCACAUGAUUCGCCGACACCUCAGUGAGGAAAUGAAAGCCCUCAUCGGCUCUGCCAGGACGAGUCUGCAGCAGGACUCUGAGAGGCUGGGCACCCCCACUCUCAUGAGGCAAAGUUCCCUGGGACGCCUCCCUGGCUCCACCCCCCGCGCCCCGGAGGAUGAGGGGUCGCUACGGCGACGCGCCAUCAAGCCUCCCUUAGGGUUCAGCCCCAAGAUCCACGGCGGGCAGGAGCUGGGUUUCCAUGGCAGCUGCAGCUCCCUGCCGAGAGAGAGCCGCGAUGAUGUCACGUCCAGGGCUGACUCCAGCCCCAUACACAGCUACUCUGGCAUUGAGGUCACCAAUGUCUGAGCGGGAGGAUGCUGGCAGUAGGAGAACUACAAAUAUGCUGAGAGUCAUGGGAGUUGUAGUUUAUUGGAGGGAAGAGCCUUCAGUAGUUGAUGAGAAUGCACUUGGCUGUUUUCUUUCGUGUCAGUCCAGUCCAGAGGGGAGGCCUAUACCAUAGCUCUCUCUGACCUUUGACACAGGAAGGUUUUUUUGUUUUGUUUUUUUUUUUUUGUGAAAAGGGGAGUCCUGUGGAACGCUGCUGUCUGGAAAUGUCAAAAUGCGGAAGCUUUUAUUUUUCUAUUUGUGUGUUUGCUGUACUGUUUUAAACAGAGAGAGAGGCUGGGCAGAGUGUGAGCUCCCCUGAGCCAAAAAGACGGGAGAGCACGUGCUCGGAAAUGGAUGUUUGGGAUGUCUGAGGAGGAAUGUCUGGAAAGGACUAAAAAGUAGCACAUUCUAAUAACACUGAGGAUGGGUAAUUAAGGAAUUUUCUAUUUUAUUAAAGACAUUUUUCUUUAGCUGUUGUUGUUUCGAUAAAUAAUUUUCUCUCUUCUGUUUGACUGCUUCGAGCUGCCUUGUGAACCUGACUGAUGAGGAUGUCACUGAAAUUAUUGAUAAUGUUAAUCUCAAAUGUCUUAUUGAUGGAGGACAUGUCUAAUACCAUUUUUUCAGUUUCUGUUUUUACACAUUUGUUUGUAAAAAAAGAAAAAAAAAGAAAAGAAUAAUGCAUUUCACAUUGCAAUAAAGAUAAUCCUGUCAUUCAUCAUACAGAUUAUUUUUUAAGAACAGGCUGUCUGAAUUUAAUAUAGAUAUGUUUUCCAUGGCCAAAAUAACUGAGUUGAGAUGAAAGCAUAAAUAUAUUUGAUAAGAUUAAUAAAGCUGACUGGAAACUCAUAAGUAUUCGUAGGAAUACUAGUUUUUCACACUCAGUCACGGUCCCGUGGGCUGUCUGAAUGGCACACAUAUUUUGGGUUAUGGGUGUGGUUAGGCUGGUUCUGCUCCGUUCGUGGUUUGCCCCACCACACCACACCCCGCCCUACUCCAUUCAAAUGGUCUCCUUGCCUUUCUGCUCAGUGAAAACGAGUGCAGUCCUGGACCUGAUUAAAAUGGUGGCAAAAUAGAUUUCUACAGGAGACAGACAACAGUGUGUUCUUCAAAUGAAGAUGACCUCCGCACCUAACAACCCCCCCCCACCUAUCUCAAAUCUGUUUGCAGCAACCCAAGACUCCAUACCCAAUGGUCCAUCUCAUUUUCUAAUAAACGUGGUUAAACAUUA